AGCUGCCUGACCUGGCACUAUUAAGACAGUUCUGCCUCUUUUUGCAAGAGCAGAAGAAAGGAUAGUAAAUAUGGCUGCGCUCAUUAAGAAAGCCUUGAUCAAUCCUGUUCUUCGGAAUAAUGGGAUCCAUCGGUUACAGUUCGUCAGAUUAGCAGCCUAUUGGAACAAGGACUGGAAACCCGGUCCGUAUCCCAAAACAGAUGCUGAAAGAAUUGCAGCAGCAAAAAAGUAUGGCCUGCUUCCCCAGGACUAUGAACCCUAUCCUGAUGAUGGAUUGGGAUAUGGUGACUAUCCAAAGCUCCCGCUUGUUUCUGCUGACAUGAAAGAUUCCCUAUAUAAUUGGGACUAUCCUGAAAUGAAGAGAGAUUUUGGAGAACCAAUGCACACACAGUAUGAUGCUUUCACCGAAGAAAAGCUCAGCAAUGCUAGAACACGCUACUCAGCAAAGCAUAUGUGGGGAUCAUUUCUAGGAAUUAUGGGUGGAUUCCUUGCUCUUCACUUAUUGUGUGAAUACAAUGACUGGUAUCUGAGACAUCCAUGGACACCACCGCAAUAUCCUAACCAAGGGAAGACCCACUACACUUAUGAGCCAGUGGAUUAAUGCAUUUUGCAUUAAUUAAGAAUGUAAUAAGGAGUGUGACAUAAUAAAAGUUAAGUAGGUA